UAUUUUCAUCAACAUCUACUCCACACCAAAAACAAAAAAAAAAAACACCCUACUCCCCCCUUUCUCUGCCGCAAGCUUCCCUUCCUCUCUCGGUCUUAAUGUUCUGAAAUUCGAUUUUAACUGCAUCAAUGGCAACUACCACUGUGAGCUUGAAGCUCUUGAUUGAUACAAAGGGCCACAGAGUUCUGUUUGCCGAAGCCGGCAAGGACUUUGUGGAUUUCCUUUUCACCCUUCUGUCUCUGCCGGUUGGAACUGUCAUUAGGCUCCUCUCUAAGGACAACAUGGUUGGUAGCUUAGGCCGACUUUACGACAGUGUCGAAAAUCUUAAUGACACAUACAUGCUUCCCAAUCUCAACAAGGACACUCUGCUGAAACCCACGUCCCCCAUUGGCUGCGCUAAUGUCCCACAUUUGCUUACAAGUGAUAGAUCAACGGUAAAAAAGGUGUACAUGUGUGGGAGCUACCACCGGUACGUGGCUGAUGACCCUAGGGCCGUUUGUCCACAGUGCAGAUAUACUAUAUCUAUCGAGGUGCCUUAUGUUGCUGCUCCAGCUACCGCUGAAGGAUCGUCUGGUGGCGGAGCAGGUUUUGUGAAAGAUAUUGUGACAUACAUGAUUAUGGAUAAUUUGGAAGUGAAGCCGAUGUCCACCAUAUCAUGUAUUGCUAUGCUCAACAAGUUCAACGUUACGGAGGUUGGCGCGCUUGAAGAGAAGGUUGUUCAUAUGGGCAUGGACGAGGGGCUGAAGCUGCUGAAGGCAUCAUUGGAAUCAAACAAUGUUCUCUCCAAUGUCUUCCUUUGUAAGAAAGAGGAGUAAACACGUCAACUUUGCGCUUGGUCCAGAGCGUAUAUGGCGUUUUGGAGCUUAAACGAAGUAGUAGUGACGAAAUAUCUAGCCAAACCUUCUAUGUAAUCGGUUGUAGAUCGACUUAAUCAACGUUACCGUGCUUCUUUUCAAGGGGCGUUUUCUGUUGAGGUGGAUGACCUGAGUUUAGCUAAAACCGCAUUAGAAAUUGCUGAAGUUGUGUGGCUAUAACUCUCCCCUAUUGCAUAUCUAGGCAGGUUCUUUGACUGAUUUGGUA